AUGGCAGAUUCUAUAGCAACUAUCCUCGCUCCCAGAUCAAGAGCGCCAAUCAAUCAAGCUGGUAUUACACUAUGGGAAGCGUGUACAGAUAACGAUGUAUCAAAUAAACUAGAGUGUGUUAUAGAAGCAAAUAAUGGCACAAACCCAUUCAAAACCUUUCAAGACAAAUCAACAAGUACCAACUUUAAAACCGUAGAAAUUGAUUUUACAAUAGGCAAAAGCACAAUUGUAGGUGAUAGCGAAUAUAAUCCAAAAGACACGGUCCUUAAAAAGUGGAGGGAACGUCAAGCCAAGGCAAAACACGAACGGGCCAGAAGAGCUGUCAUUAAUUCACUGGAAGAAAAAUUUAGGGGCACCAAACGGCAGGCGAAUUUAGAUGCUUUUGAGGGCGGCAAUAAAGAUUAUAUUCAUAGGAGUAUUCCGACGAUUGUAAUAACGGAGGAUGUCGAAGACACGUCAAAUAUGAAUGUAAAUCGCAGUGCUGCCGCCGAGGGCAAUUUCGAUUCUAAGGCUGAUGGUUUUAAAGUUAACAAUGGAACGGCGGCGUUUGAGGUGGUCUGUCACGCGAGGAAACUUCAGAUGGGGCCAGGUGGUGAGCUGGCACAGUGGAGGCUCGCUCCUCGCGGCAGUAGGGCGGCGGGCGCGGAGGGCGGACUACGCGGGACUGUGAGGGAAGCUAUGCCGGUGAGUUGGUCUAAUGCCCAAGUCCUCAUGCGCCUUCCCUUACCCUUGCACGCUCUGCCACAUACGCUUGUUACAAGGGCAACCCUU